AUGGCGUCAACGCAGGACGCUUGGUAUAUUUCUUUACUUGGUUUAGCGGAGCAUUUCCGCACAUCAAAUCCUCCUGACAUAAAAAGUUGUAUACAGUGUCUUCAAGCCGUAUUUAAUUUCAAACCACCACAAAGGGUCGAGGCGAGAACUCACUUACAACUUGGAAAUAUUCUUUUGACACACACUAAAAACAUUGACUUGGCGAGAACGCAUUUAGAGCAAAGUUGGUUCUUGUCUCAGAGCAUCAAUGCAUUUGACGACGUGAAGUUUGAAGCAGCUAGUGUGCUUGCUGAGUUAUUUGAGCAGCAAGGCCAACCAACACACUCAAAACCCAUUUUAAGGAAAGCCAUUGAGUUGUCUCAGCAUAGUGUUUAUUGGCAUUGCAGACUAAUUUUUCAGCUCGCUCAAAUUCAUGCAACAGAGCGUGAAUAUGAAGUGGCUAGUAGCCUUUUGGGUGUUGGAGUGGAUUAUGCACAGAUCUCAAAUGCUGCAUACACCAGAGUUCUGUUUUUACUGAGUAGAGUAAUGUUGUUGUUGAUAGACAAGAAGAUCCAAGAAGUGUUACCGUUGCUAAAUCAAGCGGGCCAUCUUGUGGAGUCAUGGUCGGGUAGUCCACAUCAAAAAGAGUACCUCAAAGUUUUUUUCCUAGUAUUACAGGUUUGUCACUAUUUAAUGGCCGGCCAAGUAAAGAGUGUGAAACCAUGCUUGAAGCAGCUACAGCAGAGCAUCCAAACCAUCAUGGCUCCAACGUGGCCUGAUGAUGAUGCGGUGUGCGGCAGUGCAGCGGGCGAGUCGUUCGUGUGGCUGUCGCGACAGCAGCUCUACGUGCUGGUGUACCUCGUGACCGUCAUGCAUUCGGCGCAGGCCGGCUAUAUGGACAAGGCGCACAAGUAUACGGAGAAAGCGCUUGCGCAAAUUGACAAGCUCACGUCGAGUGGGUGUGAAGAGAGCAGCAACAAGGGCGGAGCGAGGAGCGGUGCGGUGCUGGCGUGGCGGCUGCGCAUGGCGCUGGUGGAGCACGCGGCGCUGUGCCGGCUGGUGGCGGGUGGCAAGGCGCACGCGCUGCACGAGAUCGCACGAGCUGCGCACCUGCUCACCGUCGCACCCACCGGUACGUAUCAACACCAACAAAAACAAGGUGGAGCACGCGGCGCUGUGCCGGCUAAUGGCGGGCGGCAAGGCGCACGCGCUGCACGAGUUCGCACGAGCCGCGCACCUGCUCACCGUCGCACCCACCGGUACGUAUCAACAACAACAAAAACAAGGUGGAGCGCGCGGCGCUGUGCCGGCUGGUGGCGGGCGGGAAGGCGCACGCGCUGCACGAGAUCGCACGAGCCGCGCACCUGCUCACCGUUGCACACACCAGUACGUAUCAACAACAACAACAAGGUGGAGCACGCAGCGCUGUGCCGGCUGGUAGCGGGCGGCAAGGCGCACGCGCUGCACGAGAUCGCACGAGCCGGGCACCUGCUCACCAUCGCACCCACCGGUACGUAUCAACAACAACAACAAGGUGGAGCACGCGACGCUGUGCCGGCUGGUGACGGGCGGCAAGGCGCACGCGUUGCAAGAGAUUCUAUAAUAAUACAGUGUAAUAUAGCUUAA